AUGAGUCAAAAUGAAGAAAAUAAUAAAAUUUCUGAGGAAUCAGAAUAAAAAGAUGAUUCUGAAGAAGAUGAAGCUGAAGAUAAAGAAAAUCAAUAGAGAUAAGAAAAUUUUGGAAAAGAUGAACAUGAUGUAGUAUAAGUUCAUAAAUCACCAGUUUAAGUGAAAAGAUAAGUUUUAAAAAGAAAGAGUACAAUGAAGGCUGAAGAUAUGUUUGGCAUGAAUUUCUUUAAAUUUUAAUACUAUGUAAAUUAAGAAGAAUUAGGAAUUCGUAAAAAAAAUUAGAAUUCAUAAACAGGUGAUAGAUUGGAAGAACAUAAUUUUUAUAUGCAUGAAAAAAAAUAUAGUUUUGGUAGAGAUUCAUUGUUUAUCUUAAAGGAAUCAUACAUAAUUAGAAAAUAUUGUGUUUGGAUUGUAACUUGGCAUUGGUUUGAUAAAGUUAUUACAUUAAUUAUAGUACUUAAUACUAUAUCUUUGGCAAUGUAAAAUUAUGAUUUUAGAGUUAAUGGAACUUCAAAUCAAUCAGAAUUGACAUAUGUUAGAAAUUAAAUGGAAUACUUUUUUACUUCGGUAUUUUUAUUAGAAUUCAUUCUAAAAAUAUUAGCAAUGGGAUUCUUAUUUGAAAAACAUACUUAUUUAAGAGAUGGUUGGAAUGUAUUAGAUUUUGCUGUUGUAGGAACUAGUAUACUUUCUUUAGUUGGAAGCUUUAAUCUUAGUGCAAUCAGAACUAUCAGAAUUUUGAGACCUUUAAGAUCCAUUAAAUCAGUACCAGGUUUAAGAAUUCUAGUAGCUUCUUUAUUAGAUUCUUUACCUAAUUUAGGUAAUGUCUUAGUAUUCUUGUUGUAUCUAUUAGUCAUCUUUGGAAUAUUAGGAUUGUAAUUAUUUGCAGGUGCUUAUGAAAAUAGAUGUAGAUUCACAUAAUUUCCAGUUAAUGGUACUUGGUUAGCUGAUCCAUUAAUUACUCAUUUAUGUAGUUCAGACUCAGAUUGUCCUGAAAAUGAAUUUUGUGGUAAUCCUAUUAAUUAUAAUCUCCCUAAUUAAGAUAAUCCAAUUCCUGAAUUAAAUUAUUCAUACACUACUUUUGAUAAUAUAUUAACUGCUACUUUUACCAUCUUCUAAGCUCUUACUACAGAAGGAUGGUCUACAAUUGUUACUUAAUUAAUUGAUGCUGUUAAUCCAAUUUUGGUUUACAUCUAUUUUAAUCUAUUAAUUAUUAUAGGAUCUUUUUUUACUAUUAAUCUUAUUCUAGCAGUUAUAAAUGAUUCUUUCUUAAAAAAUCAAUCAGAGAGAAGAUAAGAAUUAUUAAAAGAGGAAUAACAAAGAAAACAAUAGAGAAAAGAAAAGAAAUAAAAAGAAAGAUAAAAUGCUUAAAUUCAUCCAACCUAAAAUAUUGCUGAUUUAGUACCUUCAGAUGAUUCAGAUUCAGAUGAAGAAGCUUAAAAGAAAAAAGAAGAGAUAAUUAAACAAGUUUUGAAACCUACAAAAUUUUAAGGAAGAGCAGAAUAAUUAAAAAUAUUACAGGAUCAAUUUAAUAGGAAAGUAAAAAAAGAAAAAUAAUAAAUGAAUUUUUUUGAUCCAUCUUUAUACACUUUAGAUGUAAAUGAUGAUAAAGGUACUAAUUUUGAUACUAAAUUUAAAUAAUUUUUCUUAAGAUUUAUUGAAUCAUUAGCAUUCACUAUAAUAGUCAAUUGUAUUAUAGCUGCUAAUACUGUAGUAUUGGCUAUGGAUAGAUAUCCUUAACCACAAUCAGAAAUNUGAUUUUAGAGUUAAUGGAACUUCAAAUCAAUCAGAAUUGACAUAUGUUAGAAAUUAAAUGGAAUACUUUUUUACUUCGGUAUUUUUAUUAGAAUUCAUUCUAAAAAUAUUAGCAAUGGGAUUCUUAUUUGAAAAACAUACUUAUUUAAGAGAUGGUUGGAAUGUAUUAGAUUUUGCUGUUGUAGGAACUAGUAUACUUUCUUUAGUUGGAAGCUUUAAUCUUAGUGCAAUCAGAACUAUCAGAAUUUUGAGACCUUUAAGAUCCAUUAAAUCAGUACCAGGUUUAAGAAUUCUAGUAGCUUCUUUAUUAGAUUCUUUACCUAAUUUAGGUAAUGUCUUAGUAUUCUUGUUGUAUCUAUUAGUCAUCUUUGGAAUAUUAGGAUUGUAAUUAUUUGCAGGUGCUUAUGAAAAUAGAUGUAGAUUCACAUAAUUUCCAGUUAAUGGUACUUGGUUAGCUGAUCCAUUAAUUACUCAUUUAUGUAGUUCAGACUCAGAUUGUCCUGAAAAUGAAUUUUGUGGUAAUCCUAUUAAUUAUAAUCUCCCUAAUUAAGAUAAUCCAAUUCCUGAAUUAAAUUAUUCAUACACUACUUUUGAUAAUAUAUUAACUGCUACUUUUACCAUCUUCUAAGCUCUUACUACAGAAGGAUGGUCUACAAUUGUUACUUAAUUAAUUGAUGCUGUUAAUCCAAUUUUGGUUUACAUCUAUUUUAAUCUAUUAAUUAUUAUAGGAUCUUUUUUUACUAUUAAUCUUAUUCUAGCAGUUAUAAAUGAUUCUUUCUUAAAAAAUCAAUCAGAGAGAAGAUAAGAAUUAUUAAAAGAGGAAUAACAAAGAAAACAAUAGAGAAAAGAAAAGAAAUAAAAAGAAAGAUAAAAUGCUUAAAUUCAUCCAACCUAAAAUAUUGCUGAUUUAGUACCUUCAGAUGAUUCAGAUUCAGAUGAAGAAGCUUAAAAGAAAAAAGAAGAGAUAAUUAAACAAGUUUUGAAACCUACAAAAUUUUAAGGAAGAGCAGAAUAAUUAAAAAUAUUACAGGAUCAAUUUAAUAGGAAAGUAAAAAAAGAAAAAUAAUAAAUGAAUUUUUUUGAUCCAUCUUUAUACACUUUAGAUGUAAAUGAUGAUAAAGGUACUAAUUUUGAUACUAAAUUUAAAUAAUUUUUCUUAAGAUUUAUUGAAUCAUUAGCAUUCACUAUAAUAGUCAAUUGUAUUAUAGCUGCUAAUACUGUAGUAUUGGCUAUGGAUAGAUAUCCUUAACCACAAUCAGAAAUUAUAAUAUUAUCAUAUCUCAAUUUGGCUUUCACGUUAUUUUUUGUCUUAGAAAUGAUAUUGAAAUUCUUUGCUUUAGGUAUAAAAGAAUAUUUCAAGGAUUAUAUGAAUAUAUUUGAUGCUUCAAUUGUGGCAAUAUCUUUGGUGGAAUAAGUAUUAGACUUUGCUUAAAUCUCUGUAUCUGGAGGAUCCAUAACAGCUGUUUCAGCUUUUAGAACUUUAAGAGUUUUCAGAAUAUUCAAAUUAGCAAGAUCUUGGAAUUCUUUAAGAGAAAUUCUUAUAGCUAUAGCAACAACUUUAGAAGCUAUUAGUUUUUUUACAAUGUUAUUACUAUUAUUUAUGGUAAUAGCAUCAUUAGUAGGUAUGGAAUUAUUUGCUUAUAAUAUACCAAAUGUAAGAUUGAAUUUCAAUACAUUCUUUGAUGCAAUGAUUACCAUAUUUGCUUUAUUAACAUCAGAAUCAUGGAAUAUUUAAACUUAUAUAUAUAUGUAUAAAUCAGAUCAAUGGUGGCCUUUAAUCUUUUUUAUUAGUGUUGUCAUUAUGGGAAAUUUAAUUCUUUUAAAAUUAUUUAUAGCAAUCUUAAUCUAUAAUUUUGGUUAAAAAUCAAUUGAAACUGAAAAGAAAUUAUAGGAUAAAAUGAGAAAAUUGAAUUUUCAUUAAUUAGUAGAGUAAUUUAAAUCAUCAAUAAAGAUUUAUGAUCCUGAAGAAAAAAUUAAACAUAAAUCGCCAAAACCUGAAGAAGUACAUCCUGAAACUUAGAAGAUAAUAAAAAUAAAUUAAAAUUAUAUAGGAUAACAUUAAAAUUCUGAUGUAGCUUGUUUUUUUUUAGCAAAGUAUGAUUAAGCUAGAUUUGAAGUAAGAAAAGAAACUAAAUAAAAGAAAUUAAUAAAAAGAUUUUUUGAUACUGCUGAAAUAGUAGAUCCAGAAGAAAUUAGUGAUGAUUCUUCAGGUGAUGAAGAAUAUAUAAAAUAAAUGGAAUAAAAAAUUUAAUUUUAAAGUUAAGGACCAUUGACAUUUUAAGAUGGAUAUUAAACUUAGGUUUCUCUUCAUCAAACUUAAUCAUUAUCUGAUAAGAAAACAAGUGUUUUUAGUAAACAUGAAACAUCAUCUGGUUAGGAUAAUAUAGAGGGAGUACUUAUAGUAGGAACUUCACUUUUUAUUUUUGAAUAAUCAUCUAAAAUUAGAAGAUUUGCAUUUAGAUUUAUUAAUAAAUCAUAAGUUGUUGGAUUUAUUAUUUUAAUGAUUUUGGUUUCAUCUGUUCUUUUAGCUUUAGAUGAUCCUUUAGAAGAGAAUAAUUCAGAAGUUUUAAAAGAAAUAGAUUUAGUUGUUACAAUAAUAUUUACAGCUGAAUCAUUAUUAAAAAUAUUAGCAUAUGGAUUUUUGUUUAAUGGAGAAUAUAGUUACAUGAGAGAUUAUGCAAAUGUAUUGGAUUUCUUAGUAAUUAUUUUUAGUUGGGUUAGUAUAUUUUCUGAAGCAAAUUUAUAAAUAUUUAAAAUUCUUAGAAUUUUUAGAGUAUUACGUCCAUUAAGAUUGGUAUCAAGAAGUGAUAGUUUAAAAAUAGCAAUUAAUGCUUUGAUUCUUAGUUUAUCUAAGAUUUUCAAUUUGAUAUUAGUUAGUUUAGUCUUUUAUGGGAUGUUUGGAAUAUUCGGUACUAAUUUUUUUAAGGGAGCUUAUUAUUCUUGUGAUAUUAAUAAGAUUGGUGAAUAUCAAAUAAUUGGAAAAUAUGAUUGUUUUGAUUAUGGUGGUAAUUGGGUUAAUGCAGAUUAUAAUUUUGAUAAUGCUCUUAAUUCAAUAAGUUCAUUAUUUGUAAUUUCAACAACUGAAGGAUGGUUAGAAUAAAUGUAUUAAGGGAUAGAUAGUGUUGGAAUUGAUUUAUAACCAAUAUAUAAUUAUAAUAUGUAUUGGUCAUUAUUUUUUAUUGGAUUUGUAAUUAUUGGAUCAUUUUUUGUUAUGAAUUUAUUUGCUGGUGUAGUAUUAGAUGCAUUUAAUUCUGAAACAGAUAAAUUACGUGGAUAUUUUUAUAUGACUUUAGAAUAAUAAGAAUGGGUAGAUAUAAAAGAAAGAAUAUAUUAUGCAAAACCAUCAAUUAAUUAAAGAAAGAGUGAUUAAUGGUUAAGAGCUAAAAUGUUCUUAAUAAUAAAUCAUAAAUAUUUUGAUUCCAUGAUUUUUAUUCUAAUUACAAUCAAUACUAUUUUAUUUAUGUUACAACAUGUUAGAUAACCUGAUAUAUUAAAUACUAUUAUAUAAUAUUCUAAUUUAUGUUUUUUGUGUAUAUUUACAACUGAAAUGAUAAUAAAAUUAAUAGCAUUAGGAUGGUAAUAUUUUGCAGAACCAUUUAAUAGAUUUGAUUUUGUUGUAGUAAUCUUAAGUAUAGCAGGAUCUAUUUUAGAAUAAAUGUCAAUAUUAACAGCUUUUGGUACAGUAAUAAGUGUUUUUAGAUCUUUUAGAAUAGUUAGAAUCAUGAGAUUAAUUAGAUCAGCAAGAAGUCUCAAAGCUAUAUUUGAGACAUUCUUUCUUACAGUAAGUUAAUUAGCUAAUAUUGGUGGUUUAUUAUCAAUUAUUUUAUUUAUGUUUGCUGUUUUAGGAAUAAAUCUUUUCCCAUAUGUAAAAUGGUCAACUAAUGGUUUAACAGGUUCUAUAAACUUUUCUACUUUAGGUAAAGCAUUUUUCACUUUAUUUAAAUGUAGUACAGGUGAAUAUUGGGAUUAAGUUUAAGCAGAUUUAGUAAGAUAAAUGACACCUAAUAAUGUCUGUUUCUCUGAAAAUCUAUUAAUUGAUUAUUAAGAAUAUGGUUUUAAUGGUUGUGGAUAUUGGUAUGGAGUUGUUUAUAUGGUGAGUUUUUAAAUGAUAUUUGCUAUGAUAAUGCUUAAUUUAUUUGUUGCCAUUAUUGUUUAAGGAUAUGAAAUUAUAUAAAAAGAUGAAGCAUCAUCUAUAUCUACUAAUCAUAUAUAAGCUUUUAUUGAUGUUUGGAAAUUGUAUGAUUAAACUGGUUCUGGAUUGAUAAGAGCAUUAGAGUUGGAUCGUUUUUUAAUUAAAUUACCUAAACCUUUAGGAGUAAUUAAUCAUAUAUAAAUAUUUAGUGGAAAGGAUUAUUGUUAACACAAAUGGAGAAAAGAAAAGUUAUAAAUUAAUAUAGAUUACCAGUCUAUAUACAAAAUUAAACAGUCAUGUAUUUUUUUUAUGAUGUUUUGGAAGUAUUGUCUCAUAAUAUUCUAACAAGGAAAUAUGGAGAUGAUACUGAGUAAGAUUUAUAUAAUUUAUUUAUUUUAGAUUAGAACCAAAAAAAUUAGUAAAGGCUACUAAAGAUUUGAUUAAGAAAAGAUUAUAAUUAAUUGAAUAAUUAAAAAAUGUAAAAACUUGUGCUUGGACAAGUGAAGAUAUUAAUAGUGCUUUUAUUAUAAUGAGAAGAAUGAAAAGGAAAUUAGAUGAAUUGAAGGAAAAAAGAAAGAAUUAAGUUCAAAUAAUAAGAGAUCUUUCAAGUGUAUAAAGUAGUGAACAAGAUGACUCACCAGAUUAAACCUAGAGACAUAUUUAACUAAAUACUUAAGGUAUACAUUCUGGUCGUUAAAUUAUUAUGGAUUCUUGA